AUGCCGGAUGAUCAAACAGACGCGCCUGGUGGCGGAGGAGAGGGACGGCAUCUUUUGGAGCGGAGUGCAACACAGAACUCGGCACAGGGAGCAUCACAAGGCGCAAUGCAGAAUCCGGAGCAGGAGGAGGGACGAGGUUCGGGGGAAGAGGCUCAGACAGACGAGCAGCAUCCGGUGCAGCGAAUGCCCACAAUAGAGACUCCCGACUCCCCUCACACAGACUCUCCGCUACAUCGAACGACGACCUCAUCGCAAGGCCGGACAACACCAGCUCGUCCGACUUCCUCUUCUCAGGAGGAUCCGAGAGGCGCUGGGUUACGCCGGUCUGGCACUCUACCGCUUGGGACAAGAAGCUCGGCCAAGCGGGAUCCAGAUUCUCCUGCAACCCGCCGGCGAGGUGCCACAAUAUCGGCACGGCCUCGCAACCUCGAUGCCUCACCACUAGCACAACGACCCGGGAGGAAUGCCUCCGUCGAACCGCCGGCAUCCGAAGGGGAGCAUAUGGAUCCUAUACCAGAAGGCGGGAGGCCGCGGAUGAGUGGGGAUCGUGGAUCACGGCGCGGGACGGAGAGUGUUACCUCAGAGCAGGCUCGUCCGAGCUACCUCGGAUUGCGUCCACGUGUUGGUACAUGGACGUCUUCUGCUCCUCGAGAACGGUCUAGCACGGCGCAGAGGAGGCCGUCAGUCGCACUUGCAGCAACGGCAACAGGGCGAUCCGGUGGAGCUGCAGACACACAAUCACAGACGGGUUUCUCCUUGGCAGGCCCAGUUCCUGAAGUGGUGAUGCCCGCCAAUCAACCAUAUGUAGAUCCUGGAUACAGCCAGCUGAACCCAGCAUACGAACAACCUCUGAAUACCCGACCAGUGUGGGGUUUGGCCAAGCCAUUACCGCGUGUUAUCCGCCCAGGAAUGGUUCCAACUCGCAGCGAGGUACAGCAGUCACAAGAUCAGAGGCAAGGCCGUCCAGAUGCAGAUCUGGAGCAAGGUAGGAUUGAACCAACCUUACGAGUAGACAAGAUCUCAUCCCAACUUCAAAGUACCAGGCAAAACCGGGAAAACCAGCUCUUCCAAACAUACAGCAGAAGGGGAGGACCGGGGGCCCCGAGUCUUGGGCGGACUACGUCGAAUGUUCCACCGCUGAGUUCCCCGUCAGUACCUGAAAAUGGUGAGGAUGAUAUUGGGCCGAUGCCCCCACUGGAUGAGGAGCACCCCGUGUCACCUGGUGGUCUAUCACCUGGCGGGCGAGGAAGGUUGAGGCCUUCGGAAGAGCGAUGGUAUCCUGAUGACGCUGCUUCGAUCGCUACUGCACAUGAGGAAGACGGGUACUUUGAUGAUGGGAGUGAUCUCCACGCCUUCCCCUUGAAAGCUUACGAGGCGGAGGGCGAUGAGAUCCAUAACCUCCACACACAUUGGUCUGUGAUCCGAUUACGCUUUCGAGAACCUCUCGCUGAGUUGUUAGCUGUCACCGUCCAACUCACCCUCGGAUUCUGUUCCGAUCUCGCGGUCGUAACAUCGAAGGGCACCACUGGCAACGAGGGGACCACCGACUGGGCCUGGGGACUAGCCACGAUGGUUGGGAUCUACAUCGCAGGUGGUAUCUCCGGUGCACAUCUUAACCCGGCUAUUUCCAUCAUGUUAUAUAUCUACCGCGGUUUUCCGCUACGCAAAGUCCCCAUGUACGUCUUCGCGCAGGUCCUUGGCGCUUUUCUUGCCGGUUUAAUCUCCUGGGGCCUGUUCCAAAAAGAAAUCAUUGCCUACGGAGGAACAAAUCUCGGGCAGGGUGGCACUGCGAGCGCGUUCAUCACGUUUCCCCGACGGCCGUAUAUUGAUGCGGGCACCGCCUUUUUCAACGAGUUCACUGGCACGGCCAUCCUAUCCAUCUCUGUGCUGGCCAUGGGUGACGAUACUAACGCCCCCCCUGGAGCCGGCAUGAACGCCUUUGUCAUUGGGCUCGUCGUCACGAUCUGUAGCAUGGCAUUUGGGUACACGACGGGCGCCGCCAUGAACCCCUCCCGUGACCUGGGACCGCGCCUAGCGCUCCUGGCCGUUGGUUACGGCGGCUCCCUGUUCUACGAUCACCACGUCUGGUGGAUCUACGGGCCAUGGGCGGCGACAAUAACGGGCGCCAUCUUCGGGGCCUUCCUGUACGACUCAGCGAUCUUCGUGGGCGGCGAGUCGCCCGUCAACUACCCGCGCAAGCGGAUCAGGAGAGCAGGCCACAAAUGGAAAGUCAAAUGGGGCCACCGGGUUGACAAAGCCAAGAGGAGGGUGGCGUGGAAACGGAAGGGCAGCGAUGACGAAGGGAUGUUUUCGUCGAACGGGAUUUCCUCGAACGGCAACGGGAACGGGAUCAUGGGCAAUGGGGUCAAGGACAUGGAUACGCCUUGA